ACGCGAUCGAUUCUGUUGUUCGCUAUCCACUCUCAACCAUGCAUGUCGACACAUCCACCUCGCGAGUUUAUAACAGAUAGGCUCAAAAAGUGUCAGAGCUCGACAGAUACUCAAACAACUGACUGCAGCAUCUACCUCCCACACUUGACCCUUCGAUGUCUCCUACAUACUCCUCAUUCGCAGUGCUCGGUGCUGGCGCUGUCGGUGGCCCCAUCCUCGCCGCCUUCGCCGCCCAGCCGUCUGCGAAAGUCAUCCUCCUCUCGCGCAAUGCGUCGAAGUCGGUUCCCGCGAAUGUCCAGCUCGUACAAAUCCCGUCGUACGAUGAUGUCCCAGCCGUAACCGCCGCGCUCAAGGCGCACAACGUCGAAGUGAUCGUGUCCACGCUGUCCACCGUGGCUCUUCCGGCUCAGCUUUCCAUCGCGGAUGCAGCGAAGCAGGCCGGUGUCAAGUUGUUCGUGCCGUCGGAGUUUGGCCUUUCGACCGAGAGAGACACCGAGGGUCCGUUGGCCGAGAAGAACAGGAUCAUCGAAAAGCUCCAGAGCGUCGGCGUGCCGUAUCUCCGCAUCUUUACCGGAUUGUUGAUCGAGUUUGUGCCCUGGGCCGUGAACUACAACGCGGAGGCCAAGAAACUUUACGUGGUCGGUAAAUCGGAGGGCCCCGUGUCGGUCGUAUCCGUCGAUGAUGUCGGUGGCUAUCUCGCACAUAUCCUUACCCACCAACCAACCUCCGUCCUCGAGAACCAGAUUUUGCGCAUUGAAGGCGACCGCAUCCCAGGCUAUCGGUCCCUCGGGUCGCUCUUCGGCGCAGAGGUCGUGACGGUCGAAGCGAUGGAGGGGGAACUGUCUGGUCUCAAGGAUAUGUUGAUGGACCUUGCUGAUCAGGGUCUGGCUACCACGGGCUGCGGCGUCGAAGGUGUGUCCGAAGCAGAAGCGUCCACAAGCGGCAACGCGCUAUGGGCGGGACACCAGUGGAAGACGGUCAAGGAUGUUUUCGGUCUCUAGUCGACGAGAAACGGAUGGUUAAUGGAUAACUAGAUGACAUGUGAUCUUACUUUUUUCUUAACGCGCAUUGUUCCUACGUAUUUGAGAUCCUAGUAUGAGAAUAGUCUGUGUCAGCGCACUUGCACCCUGCGACUCAAAUAGAACACUCUUGAUAGCAAUCCAUUGAUUCAGGUUGAAAGUCGAAGCUCCUCAAGGUAUGUCCUUCGUUCCGAGUGAUUAGCGUGGGAACCAUUCAAUUAUCCACAUGUCGUCGCGACACGGUUGGAAGCGGUCCCGUAAUCGUUGCAUGAUCGUAAUCAGUCGAGGGCAGGAGUAACAGGGAGCAAAUAGCAUAGUAAGCGCAGAAAAUCAAACGAAGCAUGCUCUACUCGCAGGUUCUGUAUUCAAUGUGUAGCCGUCGUGCAUCUGACCGUCAAAAAAACUCGAGCGCCUCAAUCAAUUACAUCACCGACAUGUACUCAUCGUCGAGUUAAGCCUGACUCACGGUCACUCACUCGAAGUGCGCGAUAAUUUCAGCUUUAACGCGCCUCGAGGGACCAUGUGAGCUCGAGCUCGGAAGCCCGCCUCCGUUCUGAGGGAUCAAUGUGCUGCAGAAAUUUCUAAGACCUGAAUUUCCGAUGGGACCGGGAGUGGCCUCUUGGCUCCUUUUGAGUUAGUGUGCAAGAGCUUGCCCCGAUUGGAAAUGGACUCGUCUCAAUAUUUGGUGAGCGAGAGAGCGAGAUACACAUCCAGGCAGAUUGUGAGGGAGGUCAAAAUGCAAAAAAGCUGCAAGGGAAUUCGUGAGACGGGACCUGUGUUGAGUCACAUGGGGAAGGAGGAUAUAUAUCAUGUCCGGGAGGGCAGACUCUUUCAUUCUGCUGAUGACAUGAAAAAACUGAAGCGAACUCAUCUUGUAAUGGGAUCAUUCAUACUCGACCAAUUCUGUACUGCGUAAUCCUUCAAUAUCCACUUCCAAUCAUUGAUAUGCCCACCUCAGAAUACCGUAUAAAAGGCAGGCUCGAAAAAGCAUGAAAACAGCAAGCCUUUCUCGCUCACGGCGAUAUCUGCAUCCCACGCUCAACACAUAAAUUCAUGUCUUACUCCUCGUUCGCAGUGAUCGGUGCUGGCACUCUCGGUGGCCCCAUCCUCGCCGCCCUCGCCGCCCAGCCCUCAGCAAAAGUCAUACUCCUCUCCCGCAGCGCGUCCAAGACGGUUCCAGAGAAUGUCCAGGUCGUACAAGUCCCAUCGUACGAGGACGUCCCCGCCGUCGGCGACGCGCUCACAGCGCACAACGUCGAAGUGGUCGUGUCGACACUGACCACGGGGGCCAUAUCUACCCAGCUGUCUCUCGUCGACGCGGCGAAGCAAGCCGGCAUCAAGCUGUUCGUACCGUCUGAGUUCGGCGCGUCGUCGGAGGGACAGGCGGAGGGUCCGUUGGGCGAGAAAAACAAGAUCGUCGGUGCGUUCGGCCCUUCCCGUACUCCGGCUGCUCGCUCAUGAAUUGAAUUCGCUCGUCCAGCAAAGCUCCAGAGCGCCGGCGUGCCGUAUCUCCGCAUCUUCGUAAGUGCUCAGCUUACACGCUCUUUUUGUGUGUGCCAGAUACUGAUUGAAACACUGCAUUCCCAGGUAGGCUCGACCCCGCUGGGGUCGAGUCAAGUAGCCCCCGCUCGCCCCCAGGUGGGGUACGAGUGCUGUAGCCCCUCCGGGGGCGAUUGGUGUCUAGCGUGGUCGAGUGGAGGUCUACAUCAGUCGGCACUGAUCGGAUAUCACUCGGACACGUCUAGCCCCCCAUCUCUUCCCACCUCGAUAGCUGCGCACGCGGAGAAUGUGAUCAAAAAUUGCUUGAACCAUCAUGAUCGGGAUGACUAGCCACCGCUAGGCUCUUGUGGGCUAGAUGCGGGUGAUCGGAGGCGAUGCCGCUAGACACACG